AUGCCAGGCGGUGGGAGUGGCCCCGGAAGGGAAUCGCUGUUUUUGUCUAAGUGGCCCCUUACGGAGAAGGGCAGCCCGGUUAUGCGUGAAGGCAGCCCGAGGAUUAUCCCGUUUAGAGCCGCAACGCAGCUGCGUGGCGUGGCCACUGUGCCGCCCGCGUCGAGUGGAUCGUUGUCUAACGUUGCCCCCGCAAUACCUUCUGAGGCAGCGAACGACGACGUGCCUUGUCGCGUGACGGAGGAAGCGGGGGUGCGGGGCGGCAUGACCGGCAUCACCAACCUCACUGUGGGGAGCAACGGGUAUGGUGGGUUUGAACUGCCCGGGCGCAUUUUUGGUCGUCGAGAACGUGCUUCUGCAGACGUGAGCGGUGUGCGGCAGGAUGCGGUGUUGCUGAAGACUGCGACAGCAGCCUCCGGUGUGGUGCAGCGUCACCGUGACGUGGCGCAGCCCAUUGGGGACACCACGGAGGCUGCGCCACACGAGGGAGGCGUAACUGUUUCUUCCAUCGUCGGACACUCCUGCAGGGCCCUGUCGGAGGGCGAGUUUAUCUCGGACGUGCUGUUUAUGUGGAUGGGAGUUGAUAGGACGAAGUACUUUACCUACGAUGAGGCAUCCCAUCGGUACGCGGUUAAUGCGGAAAUGGGGACGGUGCGCCAGCGGCAGGCCGCUGUCACGCUGCAGGAGUGUGGCUGGCUGGCGCAUCAGAUUGAUGACGUGCUUGGAGGCAGCAACACCGAAAGGUCUUUUUUGCAGCAGAGUUUGCGUAGUGCGGUGCGGCGGCAGCUUUUGCAGUAUCAUUGCCUGGUGGCCUCCUUCCGGGAACGUCGGUCGCCGCCAAUGACAUUCAGUGAUUUGGUUGUCGCCUUCAAGAGGGUGCAGCCCAAACUUCACGUGCUCUUUACGAUUCUUCGUGAGACAGAGUCUGUGAAAGGUGGGGAGCUCGCCUCGAAGCUGCAGCGACUUGUGCAGCAGGGCUCCACUAGACUCUCCGCGCUGCUCUCGGAUGUAUACAUGGAAGCGGUGAGUCCGCUACUCUACAUGGCUGUGUCAAGCAUCACAAAAGGUGAGAUCUUGGACCCCUUUAACGAGUUUUUUGUGAAAUCUAACCCCCGAAUAGAUAACAUCUCCGACGCGUUUUGGUCCUCCAAGUUUGCACUUCUGCCAGAAAUGCUUCCCACCACCGUUCCACGCGCUUUGGCGGAGCAAGUGAUGCUGGUGACGAAGAACGUUAGUUUUAUCAGAAACUGUUGCCGGUGCAAGCAGUGGCACAUGGAUCCUGCCAUUGUGGCAGCGGCACAAAAUGCCUCGUUUGACACCAUUAGCGCGGUUGUUCGUGAUGCCGUGUGCUUUACAAACAAAGCCGUGCUGAAGUUGAUUCGUGAGGAGUUUCACCUUGACAACGUUUUUCGUAUGGUGAACGCCUUUCUGCUUGUUGGUAAUGGAGGUUUUUACGAGCUGCUCAUCCAUCGGUUAGACCCGGUGCUCAGCAGACUGAGUCAUAUGGUGCAAACAUCCAUUGUGCGAGACCACAUGCAGAGCACGCUGCUCGACAUUGUCCCCUACACGCGGAACCUCGACACGGAUCUCUUCUCGAUGAUGCAGUGUGAGUUGGUGAAGGACGACAAAAUUAUUGGGUGGGAUGCGUUUCUUGUGACAAUGUCAGUGCCCUCCCCACUCAAUAAUGUCUUUGACUUAACCUCCAUGAAAGUCUACCGACGUCUCUUCCGCAUCAUGUUCAAAGUCAAGCGGGCCGAGGUUGCGCUGAAGAAGUCGUGGCGACAGAGCGUCGUCCUGGAUCGCAUCAUUGGACGACUGCACAACACAAGCCGUGAACUCACCGCCUGGCGCGAAGUUGCGGCGGACGCGCACCUCCUUGGGCUGCAGCUAAACCACUUCGUAAACAAUCUUUGGUCGUACCUUGUGGCGGAGGUCUCCACCGUCUCGUGGGACCUUCUCAUGAAGGCGCUGCGGCAAUGCACCUCACUGGACGACAUUCGAGCCGCCCACAUAGCGUACCUGCAGUACCUAACGCUCCACUCCCUUCUUCACGGUGACUGCGCCUCGAUGCGUCAGAACAUUGAGAGCGUUCUCAGCAUCGUUCGGCAGUACGUUGGGGCCCAGGCACUCCUGACCUCGUUGCUGGAGCGCGGGAGCGGAGACGUGUUCUCCAUCAAGUGUGAGUACCAACGCCUGGCGGAUGACUUUCAGCGAGAGAUUACGUCGCUUCUCACAACAUUGGAGGAGCAGCACCUGCAGUUUGACUUUCUGAACUUUCUCCUUCUUCGGCUCAAUUUUAAUUACUUCUACCACGACACGCUGUGCGGAAGCAACACGGAGUUUUAG